GCCGGAGGAGCGCGCGGAGGUUGAAGGCUCUGGCAAGCCACUGUUGUGCGUCUCUGUGUCAGCCUCUCUCAGUCUUCCAUGUUUACACCCUAAUUAUGGUGAAACUUUGCUCAGUGACUUUUCAUUCAUGGAUUUAUAGCAAAAACUGAGAGCUGCGAAUAGCAUUCUUUUUGGACGUAUUUAUUAUUUUAACAUUUUACACCAAUCGGGCAUGUGCGCAAUCUUGCAAGGAUUGUAGAAACCAAACGAGUAUUCGUUUUCUUGGGGCAAAUAUGCGUCGCUGGAAUAUGGUAUGCACUCAAAAGGCUUAUGGAAUAUAGCCUGUUUUGCCAAAGUCUGUAUGCUUGCUCGUCCAGCCCAGUAAAGAAGAAAAUCUUCCUACUUGGCAUCAUGUUCUUACUGUGGGUGUACAUGCUCUACUCCUGCGUGGGCUACUGCUCCGGCAUGCCUAGCCUAGUGGUGGAUAGUUACCGGGGCAAGGACACCGAGUCGUCGGUGGGCAAGCGGACCGAGAACAGCCGAGUGGACCUGAUGUCCCGACUCAUGCCCGUGAAGCCGCAGCAGCAGGCGUGGGUAGACGACGUGGAGGCGGACUACGACGAGCCGUCCGUCAGGACAGCCGUGUCCAGAGACUUGCUCCAUAACGAGAUCGAGACGGACGAGAGGACGAGCGACGACUGGGACGGAGAGAUGAGAGGGGAGCAGCAGCAGAGGUCCGCCGCCGAGCCCAGCGCCAUGUCGAGCUUCUCCAACGGCUCAGGCAGCAAGAAGCUGCCACAGGCGAUCAUCAUCGGGGUGAAGAAGGGGGGCACGCGGGCGCUGCUGGAGUUCCUGCGGGUGCACCCCGACAUCAGGGCCGUGGGCGCGGAGCCGCACUUCUUCGAUCGCAAUUAUAACAACGGGCUGGAGUGGUACAGGUAAAAACAAGUCUUUACUGGGUUACUUUUUUGUAAGUUGGUGCGCAUUCCAAAGCGUAUUGGCGAGACUUCUGGGUGGAUCGCGCGUCCCCGUGGUUAAUUACCGACUUUUGUUAGAAUUGAAGUGUGGUUCCGUUAUUUUUCCUGUUAUUUUAUCUAACUCGAUGAGCACACACACACACACACACACACACACACACACACACACACACACACACACACACACACACACACACACACACACACACACACACACACACACACACACACACACACACACACACAAUUUCAUCUAUUAGGUUAAUUCCAAAACAUUACCUGGGAAGUACAAUCAUUUGCCAAACCGAACAAUAAUAAUUAAAGAAUUAUGUAGAUGGGUUAUCACGUUUUAGAGCUUCUAUUUUCAUCGAAUUGCUUCCAAUCAUAAAUGGGGUUCAUUUACAGGAAGAAGCGACUGUUUAGUCGAGCUUUACGCGUCGGGGCAGGCCGACGUGUCUCUCCGCUCCCCCGUCCGUCCCGAUCCAGCGAUGCGCAGUGAUCUCUAUUGGGCGCAGCGCAACAUUACACACGGUCUGCUUUCACCGUCGUCUGCCUAGGAUAUAGCCUACGCCUAAACAUUUGAAAUAGCAGCCUAUUGACCCAUAGGCCUACAAUUUAGUUGUAUGGAUAACAUUUGAUGCGAUUACUUUUAUCAUCACGUCGUUACGCGCAAAUGCUCGUUUAAAUGACGUAGGCCUGUUUAGAUCUGAUUCAACUGUGAAAGUUCAGAAGCACAUUUUUAAUCCGACUUUCGGGUCGGCGUUUAUGUCGGCCUCGUGUUUUUAGUUCAAUAAACUCGAUUGGAAGCCAUUGACCACCUGAAAUGUUCUGAAUUCAACGUCGCCUUUUCUGAAAUAUAAGUGGGAAGAUUACAUUUAGAUAUUUAUUUUUGGUGGCUCCCUGGGUGUAGAGAACAUUCUCAAAAGCAAGGACCUGUAAAACAGGCUAGAUCCUCUCGGCUUUCAACAAACCUUUUGAUGAUCAUUUGAUCCAGCCCUGUGCUCAAACGAGGAAUCGCGUGUGAUCGUGAUUCAGUUGUGGUAGGCUUCCUCAGGGCCUUAUUGAUCCUGAAUGACCGCACUGGUCUGUACAGAACCAGAAGCAACUCAACAGGCCCAAUAGCCUAUAUUUUCUUAAUAGUUAUAAUACUAGUUCCGUCCUGUUUGGAAUAAUAUAGGGCUACAGCCUACUAUUUUUGUAAUUUAGACAUUAUGUUAAAUACUUAUUGUAGGCCUACUCAUCAUCGCGUUUCCUACACAUUAUUUCAAUCAACUCUAAACUUAGUUUAUGUUUGCUUUAUAACAUGGAAACCUUUUUCCCCCUCUGCUUUAAUCUUUACCCUUCUUCCCGAUGGGGAAGGGGCUGAACUAAAAGCCCAUCUAAAUGCCACUUUUCAUUGCCUGGCCGUUUGAAUAAACGGAUUUGGUAUACUGCCUUAGGAGAUCCCCGUUAAAUAUGCAAGGCCUUAAAGGGGGCCCCAAAAAGUAGAGCAAAACGAGAGAAAAGAUGAAUGGUAAGCCCGGGUGUUGGCAGCGCUGGAAAUAAAGACAUGCUUCUCGAUUCAUUCCGAGUUUAAGAAGAGACCGCGGGGUUACUUUGAUAUUGUCUACUACAAAUUUGCUUUCAGUUCACUAUUCUCUCACAUGCAAAUGGUUGGAACACGACUUGUCAUCUAAUGCCAGCAAUUAUUAAUGUAUGUGUUUUUAGAAACAAAGCACCGCAACUCAACUUGUAUCGUUUAAAUCUAAUUUAAACCCAUGGUGAGAAUAAAGACGUUAAAUCCAUGGUGAGCAAUGCGGGUAAUAAUUUGUCCUGGAAGAUACGAAACAAGUUCCUAUCUAGCGUAAUAUCCGACUUGAGGUCUGUCUUUAAUAAUCCCCAAGCAUGACAGCCUCAGUACCUGCAGGCAGACCUUAGAAUAUCACAUUCACAUACGCACACACUCCACAAAGUGCUUUGUCGUUUUUUCACGCUUCUUUUUCAGCAGCCUGAAAAAGCUUUUAAAAGUUUUGUUCAAGCAAAAACUUAAGUAAGUAAGUUUGAAUUGUUUUAGUUAAUAAUUAAAUGUCUGAUGACAUAGAGGCCUAUAUUAUCACAUAUACUUACGUCCUUUUUUUGAGACGCCAAGUAUAAAUAUCUUCUUCAUAUGCAAACGAAACUAAUAUCUUCUUCUUAUGCAGAAAAUACUUUAUUUAGUCUUUAUUUAUCACAGAAUAAAAUUUGCUUACAUGAUAAUUUUGCUCCCCACCAAAUGGUCUGGAGGAUCUUUAAGAUUUGCUGAAAGUGCUGCAUAUUCCACCAUAACAGCUGGUGCUCACUACUACACAUAGUCAGUAAGAAGAGUACCCCCAAGAAAGUUGUUUUAGGGCGAUUAUUUAUCUUGAGCGACCGUCCACUGAGAUAGGAAAGCCUAGUGUAAUCAUAAAUUGCUGACCCCCCUAACAAACUCAUCAUGAGCCCUGGACACUGGAGAGGGCUUGGGGAGACUACUGGAAUGCACCGCUUUCGUCCCACCAAGAGACUCCAUUACACAGGAUUCCUAAAAAAUGUACAUUUUAAACCUUGAAAUACAGUCCAUGGGGGUAAGACUCCGCCAGGGUGAGGCAUUAUUCGGGGUGAUUUGUGCGUGCGAGACAGAAAUGCUGCUACUGCUUGCUUGCAUAUUUGCACAAUCUUUUCCGCUUUCCACACCUCUAGUGAGCUCGUACCACAUUCUCCUCCUUGGAGCCAAGGGUGCUCACGUUAAGAACCUGGAAGUCCACCAACUUCGCAAUGCGAGGAAGAGCAAGAGGGUUGUGUGUCAGAUAUGAAUUGCAAAUCAAAACACAGACAGAAUCACAUAAUAAUUAUUGGCAUCGUACAUUGCACUUUGUUUUGUAUUUGUGCCAAAGACAGACAUCUUAUUGACUUGAAAUAUGCUUUUUUACUGAAGGGUGCUUGGAUAAUAGGCUCCACAUUUGAACGGUGAGGUUGUGAAUGUACCCGAGAGAGAGAGAGAGCGAGAGAGAGAGCGAGAGAGAGAGCGAGAGAGAGAGAGAGAGAGAGAGAGAGAGAGAGAGAUACACCGAGAGAGAGAGAGAGAGAGAGAGAGAGAGAGAGAGAGAGAGAGAGAGAUACACCAAGAGAGAGAGAGAGAUGGUCAAAUAGAGCUUAUGCUAUCGGGCUCUUGCGGCGUGAAACUGAAUAGGACUCCUAACUUGUCAGUUUCUUUUGGCAGCUGUUUCGUACGGUUAGGCAAUGGACAGCAAAUGGCAGCUUGUGGGAUUGAGUUAUAUAUGCCGUUAUUUUUAUAGGAGAUACUUGUAAACGUGAUAUGCUGUAUAUAUGUAUAAGGCUAUUCCUCCUGCAGACUGUGUUUGUUUGCGCAUUAUUUUCGUUGGCUCGGGGAAUGCUUUAAUGUCGUUAGAUCCCGAAUGCUUGGUGUCCCUUAUUGAAUUGCAGCAUAUUCUGAUGUAUCCGUUCCACCCAGGAGUAGAGGGUAACAUGCUAUUUACAAAUAGGCUACUCAUUGACUGCAGUCUUCUUGUCUUUCUGUCAGUCUGCGGUGUGUGUCCCCUCCUUCUCUCCGUUCAUAUUCCAUUUGGCUCUAUUGGCUAUGAAGGGUCUGUGAUGUGUAAUUACCGGGGGCUGCGGUUUCGCUGUCGUGUCGUCGGCUCUGGUCACAGGCUGGGCUGUGGGGCCCUGGCACUGAGGCCCCAGUGUUGUGUUUUAUCGCUCAGCUCGUAGGGACUUGGCUUGAAAUGCAUAAGGGGAGGGGACGGAGGGUCCGGUUGUUUCAUUGGAGUUUAAGUAUAUUAUGGGCUAGGAUCAGGGUGCCUGUGUUGUGUUGUCUAGCGUUUUUUUAUUUGUGAAUAAGUUGAAUCACUUUUUGUGUCAUAAAGUCAAAGGUUGGCACUAGCAUGAGAUGUGCACUGUUAAAAAGUGUUUUUGUUUUAUUCAUCACAUUGUGUUGACGCUUGUAUUAGCACCAGAGAGCAAAUUCACUCCGCAGAGCUAGCUUUAGGUGUAGAAAUCUGUGUGUGUGCGUUUGUGUGUGUCUGUGGGGGGAGGCUGAUGAUCAAAGGUUAUGGUCUUUAAACACAAACCCCUGAUGGGUCUGGAACGGCGCCAUGCCUGAGUUGGGGAGGUGGGGGGGGGGUCGCGGUGGUCAACCUUUGUAUCUUGUCUGUGAUAAAACCCCAAAUCCUGCAGAGGUAAACAUACCUUUGAAAGCAGCGGUGGCCGUGGUUGCGGUGGUGGUGGUGGUGGCGGCGGGGGUGGCGGCGGGGGUGGCAGUGGAAGGGGGGGUGAGGGGCCACUUAGAGAACCCCACAAGAAAGAAACAAGGCGGGGCUCUGUUGAGACCGAGAGGGAAGAAAGAAAGAAAAAAGAAAACAACGGCGCGUUUGUUCUGCCGUUGCCGGCGGAAGUCGGCGAGCCACUUGAACGUCGUUAUCAAAAGGCGGGGCCGCGACGCCCGGUGUUCCCCCGGCGAGCAGAGCCGGACCCGCCGCCGCUGUCCCGUGUCGAGGACAGUUCUGGGUGGCUGCACCCCCAUUCACGGGCUCACCACAGGAGUGCUCCCGUUUCCAAUGUAGGCGACCCUCUCUCCACCCUCUCCUCCUCCUCCUCCUCCUCCUGCCCUCCUCUCCUCUCCACGGCCCCCAGGAUCCACCUGGGUCCCUUGAGGUCCCCUUGAAAAGGCUUCAAGGCGCUACCACAACAAAACACAUUCACCACAGGGUCGUGUUUGCCCACAUUGGGACACUGUGUCUGUGUGUCUGUCAUUUUUUUCGGUAAAAGUCAAGGAAACACGACCGUUUUCUUCCACGAAGGCUCCCUGCAGUGUUGUGACUGGCUCAGCUGCAAAGGCGCACCUCAUUGUCAUCUCCAAUCACACACACACACACACACACACACACACACACACACACACACACACACACACACACACACACACACACACACACACACACACACACACACAGCGCAAAGGCAGCAGACAGCCCGACAGCCCGACAGCGCAGACACAAAUGUCACCGGGGCUGCCGGGCUGCCGGGCCCCUUCCUCGGAGACAGAGGGCUGUAUUGAUCGGUCAGGCCUGAUUGGAGGUAAUGUGAAGAGCCCGGGUUAAGGGCCGUUGAUGGGGUGGGGUCAGGUCCACGUCUGCUGCCUGACAAGAUCUGUGUGUCGGCCAUCUGUGAUGCAGCCCUGCUAUCCCCGUCGGGGAUUGAUGGAUCCUCUCUUCCACCGACGCAUAAAUAAGAGCGUGGCCUUUUCUACCUGAUCCGUUACAUUUGGUUUGAUCGUCUGUUGUCCCUUUUUUCUUCUAUUAAACGUCCUUCAUGUUCAAUCUGGCCGUGUAUCGACCUUGUUUCAUGUGAUGGGAAGCAGAAAAUGUCAAGUUGCGGGAUGAGUGGAUCGUGGAUCGAUGAGUGGACUUCCUUUCAUUGAGGCUGGACCCGUUCCACAUCCUGGGCAAGCCACACAGCCGAUCCCAUUUGUCACAACACAAUCUACCAAAACAAUCCCUCUGGGUUGGCUUAACUUCUACCUCAACCCCCCCCAAUGAGCAGAUUACACAGCUUUAUGGUGGUUAUCCUGUCCCCCCUGACCCCCGUUAGAAAAUGCAACCAUCCUUCAUGAUCCUCUGUAGGUCCCCGUUUACCCAGAUGCGAGCUUGUGCCAUUGCUGUGUGUUGUGAUGUGGUGUUGUGAAUUCUGCCAUUUUGUUUUGCUCGGUUCACCCUGAUCCUGGGCGGGGCUGAGUGCUGGCCUCAGUGACCACGAUAGGCCACCUUCCACACAGGCCUUUUGCUUUUGGAGAGAGAGAGUGAGAGAGAGAGAGACGGAAAGAGAGAGAGAGAGAGAGAGAGAGAGAGAGAGAGAGAGAGAGAGAGAGAGAGAGAGAGAGAGAGAGAGAGAGAGAGAGAGAGAGAGAGAGGCCCUCUACGCUUCUGCUGCCUAAGCUGGCAUAGCCCGCACCCGAACAGAGGAAUACCGGGGGGUGGAGGGACCAGAGAAAGGGACGCUUUCAUCCCCCAAAUUACCACCGGCUAAUUGUGAAUAGGCCGACCUGUGGAGAGGGGAGUGGCAGCCACCCACCCUUACUCACCCCCACCCCUCUCUCCCUUCUCUCUAGACACCCCAGUGUCCCAAAACAAAGUACCCAGGAACAGUGAGGUGAAAACGGGCGGCCUCGGGGAGCAGCCUCCUAUGAGAGUUACGGGGUGGGGUGGGGGUGGAGGGUGGGGGGGAUAAAGGCCACGGAGCCUGACAGGGACUCACUCUUAGACGCUCACACUCGGCUGGGAAGAGGAUAAAUGGACUUGGAUGGAGAUGACUGGCUCGCAGGGCUGGGAGAGCGUAGACAGGCAGACAGGAACACAUGCAUGCAUGCACACGUGCAUGUAUGCAAACACGCACGCAGAAGUUUAUUUGGAAAAGACUUGGGUGGCAGUGGUUGGUUUUCGGCGAAAUUGCGACGAUUGUGUUAGAAACUCCGAUGUCCGGUAAAACCGUGGAUAACGGCGGCAUAGCGCAACAGAGACAAGGCUUUGGAAACAAGUUGCUUACUUUCCCCAUACCCCCUUGAAUAAAGACCACCCCUCCCUUCUGUUUGAAUUAGGCCCUCUUUAAUGAGGUGAUAAUUCGGAAGUUGGAGCACAUGACUGAGCAGAACCCAGACCCCAGACCCCAGACACCGCACUUACCCCCCACUACCCCAACAACCGCCCAGGGUUUACGGUCAAUUGGUUUGCUGCUAAAUAAACACUCAUAGCGCAUUAAAAAUAAGAUGAUCCCGGAGGCUGAAUGAAGGAAGUGAAACAACUGUUUGCUGUCGCGCAGUUCUGCUGACGCUGAGCUGUUCCUAUCACUGGGUCGGUCAAUGCCCCCCCCCCCCCCCCCCCUAUUCUCCCUUCCUGCCAGACCAUGGAGACUGACUAAUCGUUGCAAUUUUGUGGCUGUCGAGGAGGGGAGGGAGAGAGGAGGAGGAGGAGGAGAUGGAAGAGGAGGAGGGAUAUGUGAUGACAGCCGACCUGUAAAGCUUGACUUGUCCUAGGUAUUGAAUCCCAUAGGUAUCCAUUAGACUGCAGGGGAGUCUGAUAACUGCCUGUUCUGGGAAAAAAAAACGGGGGCAGAUAUUGGGAAACAGAUAGAGAAAGAGCGGAAGAGAAAAAGAGAAAGAGAGAGAGAGAGAGAGAAAGAGGGACAAAGACAUUUUGCAAACAGAGCCAGUGCAAGAAAAUAUUUUUGAGAGGGGUGCCAGAGAGAUACAGAGAGCAGCUAGAGAAGAGAGAGAGAGAGAGAGAGAGAGAGAGAGAGAGAGAGAAAGAGAGAGAGAGAGGCUCCCAUUAGCUCUGGCAGUAAAAGAGCACAGAGCUCAUUAGCAGAGUUGUGCUGUUAUCUCCCAGCAGCACCAUGGGCUCAUGAAGCCUCCACUCUCAGCGAUCUCUCCUUGGAGCUGCUGGGUGUUCUCCCAGGAACUAGGUGACAGGGUAGGAGCCCUCGGCACCAUCACCACGACAACCAGGACAGAUUCAUGCUCGAUAGGCGGCGGAUCAAUUCUGCUUUCAACUCUUGUUUUCCUUUCUUCUUGUCUAUAUUGUUUUGUGGUCGGGAGCAUGAGACAGGGUCCCUGCCUUUUGUGUCUUUUCCCUAAGCUUCACACGCCUUGAGCUUUUAUACAAGCCACAAUUCAGAAAUGCUGUGGUUGGCUGUAGAUUUGCAUCUAUUUUAUUGAAACAAAUGUACUCCUUUUCCUUCCUGUUUCCUUCCGUAGAGUGACUUGUUUCCCAUGGCAAGAUUAAAAGAAGAUAUUGUCUUAAGCUUCAACUGGAUACAGUCGAGGGUAAAAA